GGGGCGGGGCCAGAGAUCGAGCGAGAGGGGAGUUCGAGGCUCGGCCGCCGAAGGACCUCUGUGCUGCGACGAUGGAGUUGCCAGCUACUGGUUUUGGAUUGGACCGUGAGAAGUGCUCUUCAGCUUUUACGCCUCCGCUUUUUGAUGCCGAUGACGGCUCAAUUGAUGAAAAGGUCAUGUUGUUCUUGAGCGGAAGGAAGGCUGGGGAUCCUACUCCUGCUAACGUGAUAACCAAUGUGAACCCUUUCAGCCUCGAACCUUGGGAUUUCCCUGAGGGCAUGUGGUAUUUGUACAAUUAUAAUAAUUACCAGUCAUGUACUGAAUGGAGAAACAUUAAAGUCAAACGAAUUGGAUAUUGGAAGCCCAUGGACGAGAUCACAAUUUUUCAAGAUGCUGCCACUGUUGGCGGUAAAAUAACACUGGAAUUUUACGUUGGCUUAGAACCCUUUGGAAAUAGAACUGGUUGGAAGAUGCAAGAGUACCAUAGAGACCAGAAGUCGUACCCUGAAUCUAAUUUUUCACAGGACUACCAGUUAAUGUGUAGAGUGUUCUUGCAAAAUGAAAAAACUUCAAAAAUUUGUGAUUUUAAGUUACCCAAUGAGGAGCAGCUCAACCCUUCUAGUUCAUGUGAUGAUGAUGAUGUUCUGCACGUAGAAAGCUUGUUGAUGAGAUUUGUAGAAGAUGAAGAGAGCAGCUUAUCAACUGAUGCCCAAAAUAGAUCUCAGCCUUUUACUGGUAGUGACGAGAUUGUGCAAGCUGCUGCUGAUAGCAACGAGGUUGCUGCACUCGAGGAUCAGAACAGUUUUUCUUCAUCAGACUCCCAUGCAUAUUUCGGAUUCCCGAUGGACGAUUAUCUGGAGCUAAAUGACCUUUGUGAUCCAGGCUCAGCUUCGUCUAGUUCAAACAAUUCCAGCAACAUAUCUUUCCACUCAAACGAGUAUUUCAAUUCUGAAGAGCUGUUGCGAUGCCUUGGGAGUGCAAGUAGCCAGAACAUGCAAGAAGAGCACAAGGAUUACAAUUGUUGCGUCUCCACAUCUGCAAAGCCAGUGAAUGUGGUUAUCAAUCCUUCACAGCCAUCCGAUAGUGUUUAUUCUCAAGGAAAUACACCAAAACAUUGUGUCCGAAGUCAUGCAAAAAGAACUCACUCAAGAAGUUCAGAUGGUAGCAGUAACGGGCCAGGAUCGAAAUCUCUUCACAGAAUCGUGAAGUAUUGUUGCCUCAGAACAUUGUAGCCUGGCAGCUCUCUGACUAAUUUACUGCAAGACAGCUUGAUGAAGUCUAGGAAGGGUAAAGAUCUACUACAGGAAACCAAAUUUAUAGAGUUAUCUUUGUUAUUUGAUAUGGUUCAUGCGAGUAUAAUUUAUUACCGUACUUCUGUGAUAAUUUAGAGGGAGAUAAUAAGGGAAAACGGACAAUAAUUUAAGAAGAAAAAGGGGGAAAAGGAGGAUGGAGAAUUUGGGGUUUUUGCCUGUAGAAGCUUUGGAAUUGUAGAAACACAAAGUUUGUAUUGUUGCUCUUCAGUUUGUUUGUAAAUUUAAGUAUGAAAAUGCA